GUGGGGCAGCAUCUAGAGGGGGCAAGAAUAAAGCUACUACGGACUGACCUGGUUCGUGGCAGUGUUUGUGCCGGUAUAGCCUCGCGAGUAAACUCGUGGAUCGUUCGUUCACGUUCUUUCUUUUAUUGUUUCUUCUUCAAAAAAAGAAAAGAAAAGAAAAAAAAAAAAGAAAAAGAGAAUACACAAUCACGUCACAGUCACGCCACGCUACGGAGAGAAUCGAUCGAGGAAUCCGUGGAUUGAGAGCAGUCGAGCCACGAAAAACAGAAGCUGUAUUUCCAACGCGAUUGAAACGUAAACGAGAAGAAUUUCCCCUCGAAUCGAAGAGCCGAGCAAAACGAUGAGCAAGCAAUUCACGAGGAGCGAAGUUGCCAAACUCAGCAACAAGGACAAGACAUUGAUAAUUCUACAUGACAAAGUGUACGAUGUCACGAGUUUUCUAAACGAGCAUCCAGGCGGUGAAGAGGUACUGUUGGACCAUUCGGGCAUCGAUGGUUCCGAGGACUUCGACGACGUUGGCCACUCCACAGACGCUUUUGACCUAAUGACGAAGUAUCAAGUCGGCGAAUUGGUCGAGUCAGAAAAGACGGGCAACCUGCCUAAGAAGACCUGGACGAAGGAUCAUUUCAAAUCUAACAAAACGAGUCAAGGGGACAAUCAGGGAAUGCCCACCACGAUGGUUGUGUCCAUUCUCGCGAUCCUAGCAGCGAUCGUAUACUUCGUGUACUUAUAAUUUCGUCAGAUCAAAUUCCAGUUCGUCAGUUCGUUUUAUCGUUUUAAGAGAGUGCGAGAAGACAUGAUAAUCGAUGAUCGAUCGAUUUAAGCGAUUAAAGUGUGAACGAAAAU